AUGUCCAGGACAGAAAGCUCCAUCACCAAUGGGCAUGUGGUCUCAUCUGCAGAACAAAACGGAGAACGCACGAACAACCCCCUCCCAAUUGACGUGUUCAACGCCAGUUCCGUCGCGGAGAUCAAGGCCGCCCUGUCACACCUCCAUGAGCAAGAAGUCGCCGUCACCGCUCGGCUGGACGCCCUUGUCGCUUCCCAGAAAGAUUUCUCCCGGGAGCUAGGGCGGCUAGAUCUUCUUCGCGCCCAUUUGGGUUCCCAGACCAGCACCACCCACGCAAUCAGCCAUGGCAUGUUGUCCGACGCUGCGGCUACCGCAGAUCGCAUCUCGAGCGCCGUCCGUCGGCUCGACCUGGAGCAGUCAAGAGUGAAAGCGACGCUGGAGGUGGUAGAGCAGGUUUCGGAGCUGAAGGCUUGCGUUCUGGGGGUUGCAGGCUCCAUGGGUGCUCCGCAGGACUGGGAAACGGCGGCCAGUUAUCUGAACAGGGCGUCUAAGAUACCUUCGGAGGUGAUUCAUGGUACUUUUGCAGCCGAGAUGGUGCCGACCGCUGAGGUGCCUGACCCGCCAAACGUCACUCUGGAUAAUGCGGCUGAAUCGCUUUGCGGCUUAUUCCUGCGCGAGUUCGACAAGGCCGUCAAAGAGAACGAUGGCGCUAAGAUCACACGGUUCUUCAAGCUGUUUCCUCUUAUUGGUCGCUCCGAGGUUGGUCUGGAUGUGUAUGGGCGCUAUGUAUGCCAAGGAGUGGCAUCGCGGGCGCGAGCGAACCUCAAUGCCGGCACGGGAGGCGCUCAAAGCAAAGAUGGCUUCUUCUACGCAAAUGCGCUGACGAAACUGUUUGAGCAUAUUGCCCAACUCAUCGAUGGACAUGGAGGUCUUGUGGAGCGCCAUUACGGCCCGCGGAAGAUGAACAGGGUCAUUGAACGUCUACAGCUCGAGGCGGAUCUCCAGGGUGGGAUUAUUCUGGACACCUGGAGCGACGAGCGGCACGUCGAUCGCAAGCUUACAGACAUCAAAUCGUAUGCCUUUACGUUCUUGGUGCAGAGUUUCCUUCCUGCUCAGCGCAGUGCAACGCCUCGGUCGAGUUCCCCAGCGACUCGCGAUGGGCUCCCCGCUGAAGAUGAGGGGGUAGACAUGAAAGAGAUCGACGGGCUACUAAACGAAAUGGCAGUCAUGCUGGGCCGCUGGUCUCUCUACUGUCGCUUCAUCGCUGAAACUUGCAAUGCAACCGAGGACGAGACUCAAAAAUUUACGCCACCCAAGUUUCUACAGGAAGCGAGUCUUUCCAAGAAAAUCAAUGACCGCCUGACCAACCCAUUCAAUACUAUGACGACAUUUUUCUUCCGUCGCUCGGUUGAAAAGGCGUUUCAGUUGGAUGAGCAGCCUUCUGGUCUGACCCUGCACCCGCAAAAGCCAUUGAAGGCAGAUCCUCCUCAUAUCACAUCUGCAGUGGACGACAUCAUGUAUAUCGUCAACAAGGUCUUGCAACAGUCACUGGCCACGUCACAAAUCUCGGUGGUGACUAAUGUCGUCCCCACGUUGGGACGAGUUCUUGGAUCGGACUUCAUCGGAAUGACCCAAAGGAAGAUGCGUGAUGAAUGCUAUCCCAAAGCGCCUGUCCAAGGGGCUCAGCCGCCUGAACAGAUUGUGAUCUCCUUCCUCGUCUUGAUCAACAAUCUGGAUGUUGCUGUCGACUACAUACGCCGCAUUGUGCAGAACCACACCGAGACGAAAAAGACCAUCACUGGCCUGGACGGUCAGGUCGAGGAAACAGACCAGCUGAGGUCCCUGUUCCCCGUGCCUGCAGAAGCCCAACUUGCGGCGCAAACGCUGCAGACCCUCGCCUCGUCCUUCGAGUCCAAAGUGAAUGACCUCCUAUCCGACGGUAUCCAGGUUGUAUUCAACAACGUCGUAAAGCACCGCCUGCGACCUAUCCUUUCAGAUGCUUUCCGAGACAUCGAAUACCAGCCACGGGACGACAGCGACCCAACGAGCACCGUCUACCACGACUACGGCGAUGGAGACGAAGACGUAGACGACGGCGCCAGCCGAGCGGAGCUGGUCCGUCCCCGCUUCGCCGCCAGCUGGACCGAGCUUCUCCUCCCCAUCUCCCGCAUCCUCACAGCCUCAGCCUUUGACCGCCUUCUGAACGUCACAGUGGCGUAUCUGGCCCGACUGCUCGAGAAGCGACUGUGGUCGUACCACGGACGGAUCAACGCACUUGGCGCCACCCGCCUCGAGCGCGACGUCUCCGGCGUGAUAAGCGCAGCAGUGGACGUCGGCGGCGCCCAGGGCGCCUCAGGACGAUACCGACACCGGGAGGCGUUCGCCCGCUGCCUGCAGAUGGUGCUAGUGAUGGGGAUGGACGACGACGAAUGGGAGGACGUCACCCGCGGAGGUGAGACGGCAGACGUGCUCGAUAAGCUCAAUCGGGAGGAGCGCGCGCGAAUCCGUGCAAUGGUGCGGCGGUGA